UGAUAUAUCUGAACGAUUAUAGUGAUAAGUGAUAAAAGACGCCACAUAAAAUAUUUUGGGUUUUUCGUAUUUUGUUUAUUUUUUUAUUUCUAGAAGUCGAAUCCAAUUAAUAAAAAGUUUAUAAAUUUAAUAUAAAUAAGAUAAUUGUUUUAAAAUGAAGGAUGAACAAAAUGAUGUUAAUGAACCAGAAAAUUCUCGAGUAUUUGUACUUUAUGACAAAAAUUUUCCAAUAUCCGAAAAUGAAUUUAAGGAAAUGUUUGGGAAUUAUGGGACUGUCAAAAAUAUUUACAUUGUUAAAGACCGCAGCAAUGAUAGUGUUAAAGGUAAUAUAAUUUUAAGUUAGAUAUAUCAUAAUUGUUAACAUAAAUAUUCUAAUAAAAUUUGCAUUGACAGUAUGAAUAAAAGCAGGUAACAAUAUCAAAUAUUGUUAUUAUACUAUUAUGUUACAACAAUAUUCAGUAAACGUGUACAUGAUAUCAUAACUAUUAUAAUAAAAAUGUAUUUAAUAAUAAUGUAAAUAAUUGUAUUUAUGUUUAAAUAUUAUUAUUAUUUUAAUUAAACUUAUAUUUUAUACUUUAAUACAAACCUUUGUAUUACUAUUUGGACAAAAAAUUAUUAAUAAAACAAAUUACUUAAUUCAUCUAUCUAUUAGAGUAGAUAGAUUCUUUCACAUUUCAUUAAAAUAAUAUUAAUAUUAUAAAAUACAGGUGUUGCGUACAUAAAAUAUUCCAAAGCUUCGGAAGCCUUCAAAGCUAUAGAAGCCAUGAAUGGGUAUAAAUUAGAAGCAUCAAAUCGUCGUAUGAAAGUUUUAAUGGCUACUAGGUAUUAUUUUAUUUAUUUAUAUUAUUUUAUUAUGGAUAAAGUUCAAUUCACAAAAUAAAAAUAUGACAGCAAUGAAAUAUCAGCAAUCAGCAUUAAAUAUAUUGAUAAAAUAUGUUAAUAAAUCAAGUUUUUUUUUUGUAUUAUAUCUGCAAGAUACUACUUAAUAUUUAUCAAAUUUAAACUGAUACAAAAAUGCAGUGGUCAUUAAAAGCCAAGGUCACUAAAUAACACUAUUGCCACUGCAGAAGUAUAAUAUUAUAUAGACACCUACUAAACUGUAUAAAUAUAUUUUGGAUUUAGAAAAUAUUUUUAACCACUUGAAAAUGCCCUUAUUGUUCACACUGUUAUUAUUUUAUAGCCCAGGUCAUGUACGAAGUAGUUCAGAAAUGGAAUAUAAUAGAAUAUUUAUCUUUGUACCAAAAACCGACCAAGAAUCAGAUUUAGAAACCAUUUUUAGUGAAUAUGGAGAAAUUUCUAAAGUCCAUAUUGUUACUAAUAAAGAAACUGGAGAAUCGAAAGGAAUAGCUUUCAUUACUUUUACAAAGUAAGAAUCAUUUGUUUGUUUGAAUAAAUCAUUAUUUAAAUGAUUCAUUUAAACAAACCAAUAGAAUAGUAUUUUAUUAAUUUGAUCUGUCUAUGAUUUAGGCCAUCUUCUGCUGCUUUAGCUAUUGAACAAUGUGGACCAAAUUAUAAAGCCGUGUUUGCUAAACCAAAACAUGAUGAUGGACCGUCUGUAUACCCUCCAACUUAUAACAGACACAUAGACUCUAAAAGUAAUUUUCAUAUAUAUGCAUUUCACAAAUAUGUUCAUCAGUUUUGUUUUAUAUUUACAAAUAAUUCAUUACAUUAUUAAUUAAUUUGUAUAGAUCUAACAAAUAGUUAUGCCUUGCUUGCACCACCACCACAUCCACGCCGUGAUGAACCUAGUGUAUUAACUGCUUACACAUCACCAAUUGUAACACAUAAUGAACUUUAUAAAAUUUUAAACAUUGCUCCCGAACUGGAGUUAGUUCAGGAAUUACCACGACAAGUAAUACAUAUGUACAUUAAUUUAUAAAUUUAUUCUGAAGCACAAAAAGUAUUUGCAGACAGAACCUGAAGUUAAUCAUGAAUACUUGUAUUAUACAGUUUCUAUUUAAUUAUAACUAGAGACCGGAUUUAUAUGUUCUUAAAAUUCACAAAAAAGCACUUAAUGACGUUAAAAAGCCUUGAAAAAAAAAAUAUAAAAACGCAAAAAAAAAAUUUAGAUUUUUAAUGUCUCCCCUCUAACAGAUAUAAUUUAUAAAUAACAUUUUCUAACAUCACAGAAAUUAUUAAUAAAAAAUAAUUAUUUUUAUAAUAUGCACAAUUUUAUUUAAAAGAAAUUAUUUUGUAAAUCAAUUGUGUAGUGUUAGGAAAUUUAAUUUAAUAAGUUAAAGCUAUUAAUAGGAAAGAGGGACGUUUAAACUUCUCUAUGGUUUUUGCUUUUAUAAUUUUUUAAAAUGCUUUUUUCAGAUAUUUGUUGAUGUUUUAAAACACUUUUUUGUGAAUUAUAAAAGAUUAUAAAUCCGGUUUCUAGUUAUAGCAUUUAGACAUAACUACGGUUUAUUUUAACAAAUAUUCCUAUACUAUAAUGCUUAGAAAUUAGAAUAAAUUCAUUGUCUCUAUUUUAAUGUGCUAUCUAUACUAAAAAUAUUACCUAAAAUGAACUUUGUAUGUUAUAUGCUAGGUACCUAUAGGUAUGUUAGGUAUAAGUAUUCAAAUUUUAAUUUAAAACCAUUUAAUUAUAAUAUUAAAUUACAUUGGCAUUCGCAUUCUUUUAAAUAUAUAAAUAAAUAAUUUAUGUAUAUAAAUUAAUUAAUUAAACGCCUGGAGUAUUAUGAUAAAUGUAUUAUACAACCAGUUUCAAAUUAAAAAUUCAUCAUCAAAUAAAUUAUAAAAUUAAAAAUUAUAAUGCAAAUGAAAAAAAUUACAAAUUAUAUAAAUUAUACAAAUUGGUCAUUUUACAUUGAAAUAAUUUAUUUUAAUAUAAGAGAUUAUUUAAAAUUAGUUAUUGUUAGACAUAGAUAUGUUAAGAAAUUUAAAUUAUUUGGUUAUUAUUCAUUAUCUAAAAUGUAUUGAUAUAAGGUGUUAUUUUGUAAAUCGGUUUGUACAUUUAAAAUAUUAUAAAAAUUAUUUUUCUUUAUUUCAUUAUGUACGUGUAAUUCCACUAAAACUGAUUUAAUGUGAAUGUUAUUUUAGGUAUUUAAUAUUUCUAAGUCUGUAUAAAUAUCAAAACUUAUUUUAUGGUUAUUUUCAAAACAUGUUUACUGAAAUUUGUAUUAGGUAUAACUAUAUUAACUGAUGCUAUAAUACCACAUAAUUCUAAUCAACCUUAUUCUAAAUAAAAAUCAUUUUUUAAUUCAAUAUUCUAUAGACUUAAACGUAUUCUAUUAAAUAAACAUAAUUAUCAACACGAGCUCAAUAUUAUCUAUAAUAUAGCCCAUAGAAAUAAUUUUAAUUUAAAUACUAUUAAAAAAAUUCAUAAAUGUACUAAAGAUAAAACACAACUCACUAAAUAAUGUUGUUAACUAUUGUAAUAUGAAAUAUCAAAAUAUGAUGUCUAAUAAAUUCACUAAAAUUUUUAACAAUAAUACAAAUAAUGUAAAAAUUGCCAUUCUUUUAAAAAUGCUGGUAUAUAUAAACUUAAAUGUAACUGUAAUAAAUUGUAUAUAAAUAAGACAAUUAGAAAUUUUAAAAUAAGAUAUAAAGAGUAUUCGUGUUCGUAAAGAACACAUUUCUGAAAUAAAAUUUUAAAAUCUGCCCCUAAUUCAAAUUUUGUUAAAUUUAUUUAGAAAAUAACUAUAAGUUUUGAUAUUAAUACAGACCUAGAAAUAUGAAAUACCCAAAAAAAAACAAUUAACAUUAAUUCAGUUUUAGUAGAAUUACGCAUACAAAAUAAAAUAAAGAAAAAUAAUUUUAAUAAUAUUUUAAGGUUGUACAAACCGAUUUUAAAAACAAUAUCUUAUAGCCAUAAAUUUUAGGUAGUAAAUAAUAACUAAAUAAUAUAUAUUUCUUAACAUAUCUAUGUCUAAUAAUAAUCUCUCCUUAUAAAAUAAAUUAUUUCUAUGUAAAAUAACCAAUUUAUAUAAUUUUUUCUUUAUGUAUUCCUUCAUUUAUUUUUUCAAAUUCUGGCGCUUUUGACUUUGUGAUUUACCUGAUGAUGAAUUUUUAAUUCCAAACCUAUUGUGCAAUAACACAUCCUAAUACUCCACGCGACGCUUUAUUUAUUUAUUUAUAUACAAGUAUUAACCAUUUAAUAAUUUUGUUUUUAUUUUAUAAUUUUAACAUUUAGUUGAUAUUAAAUUAAUUAUACUAAUUUCUUUAUUUCUGUGGAAAAUAUUGAGCAUCACUUAAGAUCCUCAUGUUAAGACCCUGGAUUAAUUACUUAUAAUUUAUAAAUAAUAUAUACAUAUUUAUAAUUUAUAUAGAUUGUUAAAUUGGUACUUAUGUUUAAUAAAUAAGAACAAGAAAUAAACUGAGAAAAAGCAAAAACAAUAAAAAUCAUUGUAUCAGAUUAAAUUAGGGGAAAAUAUAAACAAAUACAAGAUAUUUAAAUAAUAUACUUUGCAUUAAAUUAAGUAGUCAUAUAUUAUAUUUUAAUAUAGUAAGUUGUGUAUUUCAAAAUGCAACAUUUUUCCAACAUAUUUUAAUAAAAAUACAUUCAUGAAACUUAGAUAAUUUACUGAUUAUAGUGAAUCAUUUCUUAAAGAUACUACAACAAUGGUUUAACUGUUUCUAGUUUAUUCUGAAUAAAUAUACAUUUUUUUUUUUUUUUUCAUAUAUAAUUUUAUUUUUAAUGCAGCAAGUGUAUGAUAAGAAGAUAUUUCAAGUUAUAUAUAGUACAAUUGCAGCAGCUGAACAUGCUGUAAAUCGAAUUAAUGGAUUUGAAUACCCACCUGGACAUCCAAUAAUGCUAGAAUUUAGUAAUUCUUCUUUGUAAGACUAAAUAUAUUCUUUAGUUUAAUAAACUUAACUCUAAACUAAUUUAUAAAAACAAAUACAUUUAUAGAUCUAUUUCAUCAGCUGUUGACCCUAUAGCAAAUAAAAUAUCCAAGGAUAUAGAAGUACUAUCUAGUACUGUUACAAAAGCAUUAGCAGUGAUUAAAAAUGCAACAACUGGUAAAAAAAAACCUAUAUUAUGUUUAUUGUUUAUAUUAAACAAUUUCAAAUAUGUUAUUUAGCUUCUUUAAGUAUACCAGAUGAUUACAGUUUACCACUAGCAUCUAAAAGAGGAAAUGAAAAAAAUCUUUUGUCAUCAACAGAUAAUUCAUUCAGGUAACCUAUAUAAUUUUAUCCUAAUUUAAUUUUUUUAUUUCUUCUCUACAUGAAUUUAUUUUUACUUUUUAAAUGUGUGUGUUAUAGAUUAUUUUUUGUAUGUAAACCAGUUGUUCCACCAAUGCGCAUAUUAGAAGAUUCCUUUAAAUUAUUUAAAGGGUUAAGAAAUAUUAAUGUUAUUGAUGGGAAGAACUAUGGUUAUGUUUCUUAUGAUAAUAUGGAAAGUGCAGCAAGAGCAAUUAAUGUAAUAUACAUUUUUAUAUUUUCCAUAUUAUUUUCUAUUUAUUUAUUUUUUUUAUCUAUGUAUACUGAAUUAUUUAAUUUCAAUAUUUUUAGUGUUUAAAUGACCACAAAAUAUAUAACAGUCGUUUAAAAGUAAUGGAAGCUGAACCCAGAGAACCCAAUCGUAAACGUAUGAAACCUGACCCAUUGUAAAUAUAAGUAAGUAAAUUAAUUUUUUUUUUUUAUUUUAUUUAAAAUGGUUUGGACCCCUUAUCUUCAUGUAUCUUAAAUACUAAUGAAUUUCUUGAAGAAUAUUAGUACUUUAAUAUAUACAUUUUUUUUAUUUUGUGCAUAAUAAAUUGCAAAUUCAAUAAAUUUAAAAUCUAUUAUUUUCGUUUAACCCGCGUCAAAUAAUAUUUACUCAAUUUUAGUUUACAUUAUUUAGUAUUUGGCUAAGAGAAAAUUGUUACUUAUUUGUUUUUUAUUUUAUGAAGCUUUAUUUUUUUGACUUAGUGAAUUUUGUACCAUUAAUAAAUUUAUAUGGUUAUGUUUAAAUAGUUUGAAAUUAUAACUUAUUUUAGUCAUGUAAAUAUUUUAAAAUGGUUUAAAACAUCAAACCAUUUUCAAAAUUAAAAUUGUUAGGUUAGGUAAGUAGCAUAAUAAAAUAAAACAAAUUAACAUAUUAAUGGUUUUUUGAAACCUUAUUACUUGAUUAGAUUUGUUUGUACAUUAAAUCGUCAAUUAUUAUUACCAAUUGUUUCAAUUAAUAUCUUUUCUGUGAAGUAAAAUUUCAAUUUCUUUUUUGAUAAUCCUAUAAGUAUUUAUUCUAAAAUUAAAUGGCACAGUAUUUUUGAUUUAAUUUCAAAAAUAUAUAUUAAAUCGGUUUAUAAAAUAUUUACUUAACCAUUUUAAUUUAUAAACGAGUUUAGUAUGUAUUCAGCUAAACCAUUUUAAUAUGUUUCAGAACUGUUAAAUUUCAAAUCAUUUAAAGUCCUUAUAUUAAUAGUAGGCAUUCGGUUUUAUUUUUUUAUUUUGUAAGUUUUAUAAUGUUUUCUCAAGAGUACCGAUUGUUAAGUAUGAUAUUUUGAGUAAUAUUGAAUGUAGAAAUAUGAGCACAUUCAUUUAAAACUGCACUAUAAAGAAUAUAUAUGUAUAUAUUUUGAUAUUAAAAAAAAUAUUUUUAAUUGAAAAGAACUCAGGUAUUAUAGAUAGAAAGUCGGAUUAGUGGAUGAAUGUUGAAUACAUUAUUAUAUUAAAUUAAUUAUAAAAUCAUAUUAUUAUAUUAUGAAAUAUGUUUUAACCUAGCAUCAAUGGCAUUCUCUAAAAAUAAGUGAGAAGUGGCAUCGGUCUUUUUGAUGGAACUAUACAAAAUGAUAAAUUUUAAUUCAUAAUCAAUCAACUAUGUUAAAUAUAUUAUUUUUUUAAGUCAACACAAUAUUAAUAUUAUAGUACACAUUUUUCAAGUCUAGGUGGUAAUGAUAUAAUAUAUGGCUAUGGUAAAUACCCUAAGUAUAAAUAAUAAACAAAAUAUAACCCCAUAGACUAGUUAUUACUUUGUAAACAACAUAGUAACGCCGAUAUUUAAUAUACUAAAAAUUAAUGGUAAUCUAACCUAAGAAAAAACUAUUAUAAUGUAGUCAAAAUAAUAUGCACGGAAAUAGUGGCAUCGGUCAUUUAAACAGAUAUGUUAUUAAUAAACAGUAUUAUUCCUUGUAUAAAAGAUAUAAUUAUUAUAAAAUACAAAUAAACUGUAGUUUUGAGCUUAGGAGGGGUUAACAUUUAACACCAAAUAUCAGUUUUCUGUGCACUAGAAAUAAAUAUAUACUUGAAAUUUCAAGGGAACUCAUUUUAAAUGAAAAUACAUUUAUUGCUCGAUGAAAACCUAUGUUAAAAAUAUUGCACGAUUUGGAAAAAUGAAUAUAAUAUUAUAAUGUAAAUUCUGUUUUACUACUUACCUACCCUAAUAUUAAUUUAACUAUCAAAAAUACAUUAAUCCUGUUAUUAUGAUUUUUUACUUCUAAAUAUUUUAUAAAAUUAAUUAUAUUUAUUAUAGUCUCUACUGGUAUAAUAUGUUUAUGUUCAUUAAAAUUUUUCAUUAAGAAUUCAAAAAUGACCAAUGCCACUGAUUUUGGGUUAAGAUAGAAUACAGAGCUAAUUUUAUUCACGUUUUUAAGGAAAUAAUUCAUAACACCAUAAGAAAAUAUUUUUAAGAGACUUUAAACUAAUAAAUACUUCAUUAUACAUAUUUAAUUCAUAUAAAACAUAAACUAAUUUGGAUCUGGCCAAAGUAAGCUAACAUAAAUUUAUAUUUGAUUAUACACAGUAGUAGCUUGUAACACUAAACUCUUCAAAUGUUUAUAAGAAAUGAAUUAUCAUAAGUAUUUAAGUAUAUUUCUGACUUAUCAAGUUGUUAUUAUACUUGUAUACAAAACUAGUUAAAAUAAACACUUUGAAAGUUUGUUUAGAUUAGGCAUUCAAUUUUUAUUUUGAAAAUUGUUUAUUCUGGAAACAAACUAAUUUAAAAUUAUAUGCAUGUUCUAUAAUUUUUAGUAGUUUGAUCAAUAAAUUAUAUUUAUUAUUUUUUGGUUAUCAAGUAUCAAAUAUAGUAUAAAUUCUCUCACAAUCCAUAGGUUAUUGUAAAUUGGUUUACCAUUUGUAAUAUUCAUCCAUCUCUGCAUCAGUCAGAAAAAAAGUAUACAUAAAAAAAAAAAAUCUUAAUUUUAGAAUUUAGAUUCUACAGAACAGACAAUGUACUUGGUUAUUCUUAAAUCUUUAUACAAAUUAUCCUCAUGUGCUCUUUUUCAUCUCUUUUUCAACCUUCACAUUAACAAUUUUUAAUGAAGUUUAUUAUUAAAAUAUUUACUUUGAGUUUCUUACCAACUGUGUAGAUACUAGUAAUAUACUUAACUGGAUGUAAUAUACAUCACUACCAUAACUUUAUAACUGUAUGUUUCGUAAACCUAUUUUUGAUGGUUUACAAUUUGUUUCAUUUAUGAUUUCAGGAAAGUAAAUAGCACAACAAAACCAAACAAUUUUUAAAACCCACUAAAACCACUACAGAAACUUGUGUUUGUCUACAAUAACCAGACAAAUUUUCACAAAAUCUACCAAUUUCAUGAGACACUACAAGAUAUUCAACGACUGUUACCUAUAUUGUGGACACAAAAGACACUUUUAAACUAACUAACAAAUUUUACAGUAUUAUACUUUAUUAAAUAGUUUAGUUUUCAAUUCUGAAAACAUAUAUACAUAGUUAUAAGAUUUUAAUUGUUUACUUCGUGGAUUUCUAUACCAUAAUGUUAUUAAAAUAACUAUUAUAAUUUGGAUAUAUUUUAAGAAAUUAAAUUUAAUGCAAGACUAUUAUUAAAGCUGGGUAAAGUCAAAGUAAAUUAAGUUGAAUUAAUACAAUAGUUAUUUUAGAGACUUUUUUUUUUUAACAUUAACCAUUUUGUACUAUAAACAUAUUUAUCGAGUUCACACGACUGACUAACAUUUAUUAAACACAUUAGGCGUGUUUUGGUAUUGUAAACAGUGUAAUGAUUAAGUUUAUGAUUUUGUUUUUCAGUUAGUUACGGUUACUGAAUCGCCAAAACAUACAUUUGUUAAUUUGGUUAGCUAAGAAAUGCAUUACAAUUUACUUUAUUUCCUACAAAAAGUUUCACCAAAACUUCACUAAUAAAAUUCUGUGGAUGUAGAUAAUUAAUUAAAUGAGGGGUAUAUUCCAUUGUAACUAUAACUGGCUACUACUAUAAUAGUAUAUACACUACAAACGAUAAAAACGCGUAUCACAUUUUUGAUUAAAUAAAAAAUUAUUAUUAUUCUGUUCAUACAUUUCACACUUGUUUAUCUUAGUCAAACUAGUAACUGAACAUCAGUAAACUCUCUUACCAACUUGAAAUAUAUGGUUACAAAAUUCAAUAAACAGUUUACUCUCAUAAUUACAAAGCCAAAACACACCUAUUAACAAAAGAUAUACUAAAUUUAAUUUUAAAAAAUCAUCAGGCAUUACUUAAUUAAUUGCUUUAUUAAUGAUUUCAAUUUUUGUGUUAUAAAAAACGUUAUAUCAUUUACCCAAGGUAAUAAUUUAAUGGAGUUAAUGUAUAACUCAAAUUAAAUUAUUUGCUAACUAAUUUGAUUCAUUUAGAUACAAUGGAAGUAAAUUGUUGUUAACUAAUUAAUUUGAUUCUUUAAUAUUUAAUUUUUCAAAUUCACAUUCCAUUAAAUUCUUUGUUUUUGAAAAUUUUGUCUUACAAACAUACAUUAUAGGAAAAUCAAUUUCUUGUGUACAAUAGUGGAACAAAAAUUUAUAUAAAUCUGUGAUAUUGAUUUUAUUUUUCCUUUUUAUCAUUAUUUUAUUUCAUUAAUUUUUAAUCAAUCUUUAUGGAAAAUUAGAACGAAUUAAAGCAUUUGGAAUCUGAUAACAUUUUCCUUUUGUGUGUUGUAAAUUAAAAGUUUAUUAUAUAUUAUAUUAUAUUCUAAAUGAAUAAAUUAUAGAUUUUAUUUUUGUAUUAUGUUUGAAAAACUAUUAGCUACCUGUGAAUGUGCAUUUGACAUAAAAAAUUAGUAUUCAAACACAUUCAAUAGCUAUUUAAUUAAUAACUUUGAUUUGAUAUUUUAUUUAAAUUUGUUUCAUUAUCUUUUAUAAUUUAAUUGCCUUAAUUGCCCUAAUAUAAAUAGGUAAAUAUAUACUUAUAUUUACAGAUAAUUUUUAUACAUGGUAUACAUUUAAUUUUGUUAUAAUAUUUAUGUUUAUUUGAUAUUUUAAUUGAAAAUUGUUAUAAGUUCGGUUACUUAACAUAUUUUCUAUUGGUACCUGUAAACCAAUUGAUAUAAUUUAUAGAAUUAUUAUUUGAGUGCAAUAAAAAGUAUUUAAAACAUAAUUAUUUAAUAUGAUAUAUCUAAUAUAUUAUAUGGGUUAGGUCGAUUAAAUGUUAUUUUUUUUUUUUUAAGAAAAUCAACUAUUUUCAAUUAGGUAAUUUAUUAUUAUUUCAAUUAAAAUUACAAGCAUUUUUAUUGAUACAAUAAUAUUGAACAAUGUAUACUAUAAGGUGUUUCGUAUGAAUAAAUAUAUUAUAGCCAUUACAUUUUAUUAGAAUUGGACUGUGACCAAUGAAUUUAUUUUAAUCAACUGACCAUAUAACUUAUUAAAA